AUGCACACGUUUGAUGGGAGCCACAGAGUGAAGAGGACAAGGAAGCCCCAGGAGCAAGGCAAGAGAGGGUACAAGGGUGAGGCAAGUGAGGUAUAUGCCUUAGGCACAAGAUAUAAGAAGGAGCCAAAAACCUUAGUCAUCAAGGUAUCAGCCCAAAAUGCCUUACCGGGUGGGGGUGAAGGUGUCAGCUGUGAUGCAUGUUUAAAAGGAAAUUUUCGAGGUCGCAGAUAUAAGUGUUUAAUUUGCUACGAUUACGAUCUUUGUGCAUCUUGUUAUGAAAGUGGUGCAACAACAGCAAGGCAUACAACUGACCACCCGAUGCAGUGCAUAUUAACAAGAGUAGAUUUUGAUUUAUACUAUGGUGGGGAAGCUUUCUCUGUAGAGCAGCCACAGUCUUUUACUUGUCCCUAUUGUGGAAAAAUGGGCUAUACGGAGACAUCUCUUCAAGAACAUGUUACUUCUGAACAUGCAGAAACAUCAACAGAAGUGAUUUGUCCAAUAUGUGCAGCAUUACCUGGAGGCGAUCCCAAUCAUGUCACGGAUGACUUUGCAGCUCAUCUUACGCUUGAACACAGAGCCCCUAGAGACUUAGAUGAAUCGAGUGGUGUUCGACAUGUACGUAGAAUGUUUCACCCUGGUCGGGGAUUAGGAGGUCCUCGUGCUCGUAGAUCAAACAUGCACUUUACUAGCAGUUCUACUGGUGGACUUUCUUCUUCUCAGAGUUCAUAUUCUCCAAGCAAUAGGGAAGCCAUGGAUCCUAUAGCUGAGCUUUUAUCUCAGUUAUCAGGAGUGAGACGUUCUGCAGGAGGACAGCUUAAUUCUUCCGGCCUCGCCUCUCAGUUACAACAACUGCAGAUGCAGCUGCAGCUGGAACGGCAGCACGCCCAGGCAGCGCGGCAACAGCUGGAGACCGCACGCAACGCAACUCGGCGUACUAACACGAGCAGUGUCACCACUACAAUCACACAAUCCACGGCAACAACCAACACGGCUAACACAGAAAGCAGUCAGCAAACUAUACAGAAUUCCCAGUUUCUUUUAACAAGGUUGAAUGAUCCUAAAAUGUCAGAAACAGAGCGCCAGUCCAUGGAAAGUGAGCGCGCAGACCGCAGCCUGUUUGUCCAAGAGCUCCUUCUGUCCACUUUAGUGCGCGAAGAGAGCUCGUCCUCCGACGAGGAUGAACGGGGGGAGAUGGCAGAUUUUGGUGCUAUGGGCUGUGUAGAUAUUAUGCCUUUAGAUGUAGCUUUAGAAAACCUAAAUUUAAAAGAGAGUAAUAAAGGAAAUGAGACAGCAUCUCAGUACGUGAAGGUACCACCUUGUUCCCUCAAGUAUUCCUCGGACCUCCUUAGGUUCAGUAACCACCCAUUUGGUGCCAUGAAUUCCAACUGUCUUCACCAGAAUACCCUACUCUGGACACAAUCCAAUCAGACACUAUGCCUCCUAAAUUAUGGCAUCAGAAGCAAACCUAACAUUGCAGCUGCCUUCUGA